GGGCACCAAUACCAUCUGGCAAAGCCAACCGUGUCCGGUGACAAAACAAACAGCUCACUUUUUACAACGGGGAAACUGGCUGUGCUGGAAGGAGCCAUUGUUGACGAUAUAUCCGAGUAAGAACUGUGAAUCUACAGUCUUCGUUUCCAGUCAGUUAUCCUCCACCACCAUGACAGCUGCUGUAAGAGCUUCCGCCCGUGUGCCAGUCAGGGGUGCUGGUGAUGGCAUGGAAACUGAAAAACCACCAACCAUCCUUGAGGUUAACACAGAUAAACCACCGCCUGGUCCAUCUUCAGUUCCCCUGCUGAAGAUAGCCACUCCCAAACACAGCCCUAAAUCUACCCUCCCUUCUCCUCCUGCGACACCUCAGCCUCUCGGGGUUCUCCAUCUGGGCAAAGUGAGUCGAGAGGCCUGCACGGAGGUGGAAGCUGUGAGGAUAGUCGUCCCGCGUGCAGCUAUAAGCCGAAGCAGCCGUGCAGGUCCCGUUGAAGGGAAAGGGGAGGCUAUACAACAGAAUGAAGAGCAAGGCUCUCCUCAGCUGCCUCUGGUGGAGGACUGGAGAGGACAGCUGGAGAAACUGCAAAACUCUGAACGCAGAUUGCUGCAGGACAAGGAAGGUCUUUGUAAUCAGCUCCGUGUGCAGACAGAGGUGAACCGUGAGUUGAAGAAAUUAUUGGUGGCUUCAGUGGGCGAUGACCUUCAGUACCACUUUGAGCGACUGGCACGGGAGAAGAACCAGCUGAUUCUGGAGAAUGAGGCUUUGGGUCGGAGUCUUGCUCACACUGCAGAGCAGCUGGAACGCAUGAGUAUUCAGUGUGACGUUUGGAGGAGCAAGUUCUUGGCCAGCCGAGUGAUGGCAGAGGAGCUGACGAAUGCCAGAGCAGCACUACAGCGCCAGACCAGAGAGGCACAAGGAGCGAUUCAGGACCUGCUGUUAGAAAGAGAGGAGUUUUCCAGGGACAUGGUGCUUACUCACAGAUCUCUGGAGCAGCUCUUGGUGUCUCUGCAGUGGGGCAGACAGCAAACCUACUACCCCAGUGCACAGCCCCUCAGCACUGGAGAACUGGCAGCAGCCAAUCACAAGCUGGCAGAUGCCAUCAAUUCUCACCUACUGGGGAACACAAGCAACAGCAGCGUGGCAAAGAGCAGCAAUGCAAAAACUGAACAACUGUGCAACACACCAGCAGAAAAGAUGGCUGAGAAGGUGCUGAAAAGUUUGGAUCCAAUUUCCUGUUCAGAUGACCAAACAGAGCCUCCCCUAAAUGACUCCUCCCCCUCAAACUUUUUGAGCAAUAAGAAGAGCAUUGGCAGGUUUCAUCCUUACACUCGCUAUGAGAACAUUACUUUUAACUGCUGUGAGCGCUGCUCUGGAGACAUCCUGGUGCUGUAGGGGUCAAAGAAUCAUGUCACCCAUCUGACACCAGCGCUGCUUUGUUUCAAGAGAUCUAUGUUGUGAUCCACUCUCUGGAGGAUACGGUUUGUCUGUAUUGAGUGACUCUUUUGGUCAACACCAAAGGGUAUCCACAUUUGAGGACAAGAGUUUGACAGCUUUAUUUAAAAAAAAAUUUCCACUGCAAAGGAUGUCCAUUUA